CAAUUAUUUCAUAUCACCGUCCGAUGUUGCGAUCGUUUGGCACUUCCAAGACGCAGGUUGAAACGAUGAAUAUUGUGGGUCUGACGCUGCUGCUGCUGUUGGGCGUGGUGUUUGCGGGCAAAGCUGGCACAACAGCAGCCAGCAUGAUGACCAAGAUAUACGAGCGGCAAGAGGUGGCGUUGGAGAAGUUUACUAAGCUAAACAAAGACGCGGUAAAAUGGCAACAUCAGAUGGAGGAGGAUAACCCCGAAGACGUGGACCCAUGGAUGGAUGAUAAACAGUGGAGGUCAAAAGGACAGCGUGGUUCACUUAAUUCCCUUCUUGGCGAACUUUUGGGUUGAGUAAGGAGACAGACGAUAGAAGAACAGGCCCGUGACGUCUCCGUGGCAAGGAUAAGGAAGACAAUUAGACAAUACAGAAAUUACUGUAAGACUGCACUCAUUUAAUCAUAAUAAAGAUCUGUUUGGAAAUAUU